AUGGAGCUGAACGGCGCUCUGUUAACGUUAGCGUUACACGACCGGCAGAAGCAGCUGGAGAAGGAAGCUGCGGAGAAAAGAGCAGAGGGGAUUCUCGGAGGGAGAGACACGGAUGGGGAAGGAGGAGAGUUGGUGCCGAGUCAAGAAGGAGGAGGAGGAGGAAGCAAGGGAGGAUUGAAUUCGAGUUCGGGGAUUGAGAUUGUGCUGUGCUUCGUGGCAGGAGAAGGGCUCGGCAUAUUGGGCGCGGCCCUCCAGCAGAAGAGCAGCGGGGGCAGCAGCGAGGGGGUGUCCCCUGUACUGCAGGCGCUGCUGCAGCCGCUCCUGGAGCAGUGCGGGCAGGCGCGCGUGCCUGUGCGCGUGCACGUGGAGUGGGGGCAGCGGCGAGACGAGGCUCUGUGCCAGGCUGUGCGGGUCACCGCAGCAGAGCGAUUAUACGUUGGAAACAAGAGGUGCGUGUGUGGGGAACAAGAGGUGCGUGUGUGGGGAACAAGAGGUGCGUGUGUGGGGAACAAGAGGUGCGUGUGUGGGGAACAAGAGGUGCGUGUGUGGGGAACAAGAGGUGCGAGUGGGUGGAUCAAGGGGGUGCCUGUGCGCGUGCACGUGGAGUGGGGGCAGCGCAGGGACGAGGCUCUGUGCCAGGCUGUGCGGGCCACAGCAGCAGAGCGGUUAUAUGUUGGGAACAAGAGUCCAAACCAUGCCGCCCCGGCGUCGCCUCGCUUCCCCGACUCGCAUUCCUCGUCUUCUUCUGCCACUCCUGCUUCACGUAAAGCUGGCUCCUCUGGUUCCUCCUCUUCUGCUGCCACCACCGCCGCUGCUGCUACUCCUGCUACAGCCGGCUAUGCUGCUCUUGACAACGGGUGUGACGCGAACAAUGCCGACGACGAUCAACACGGUUACAACAACAAGGACGGCGAUUACGCUGCUGAUAGCGACAACGAAGAUAACGAAGACGACUAUAACGAGGACGAGGACGAGGACGACGACGACGAUGGGUACGAUGCGGUGUGUCGGCCCAAGUCGUCCUUCACAAUAGCGGACUGGGAGGCAGAGCUUCAGAGAGUGGCAAUCGGGCAACAGCGGAUAGUGUCUCUGUGGGAUAGAGCCGAGGGGGAUAAGGCGUAUGGAGGGGAGAGGUCGCAGGGGGAUAAGUCUCCCCUGUGGAAGGGGCUGGAGAGUGUAGCGGCUGGUAUUUCCGCGAUUCACUCUGAUUUGCAAGCUGCCAAGGGCUCAGGUGGACGUUCAGGUGGUUUUUCAGGUGGAUUUUCAGGUGGGCGUUCCGGGUGGCAUUCGCACCAGGGGAGCGAGGAUUUCCAUGUGAAGGGGAACGAGUUUGAAGGGAUCGACACGAGCCUACUCAUUGUUCCUCGCAUUGGCCCAACCUCAGCCUCGGGAGCAGGUUCGGCAGCAGGGUCGGGAGCAGCUUCGGUAGGCUCGCCAUCGCCGAACGUAACCCCGCUCACAGGUCCGGUGGUGGGCAGAGGGACCGGAGGAAUGAAGCCUGUGGUGGUGGGCAAGAAGCUGUGGGUGUCUGGCAGGAGGAGCAUGGGGAAUGAGGGGGAGAUGGGGGGAGGGGUAGAGGCAGUGGCAGCAGAGGUUGCAGCAACAGCAGGGUUUGCUGCAGCGGUGACAGCAAGAGACGGGUCAAGAGAUGGUGGGUCGUGUGGUGCUGCGAGCCCUGCUAACAGCAGCAGCAGCAGUAAUCCUGGAAUGGGGGGCAACGAGCAGCAAGCUUUUCCCAUCCCCUUUCCUUCCUCGUUCUCGUCCUCCUCUUCCCAAGCCGGAUUCCAAACCAGCCGGGCAGACUCGGCGGACUGCCACCGCUUCCCCCCGGACCAGAUUCUCCGAGCCACGGGGGGGUUCUCGCCCUCGCAGCUGAUUGGCCGAGGCAGGCUCGGGCCGAGCUACCGGGGGGAGAUAUUUGGGUGCCAGGUGGCAAUCAAACUGCUGACUGUGCAUGAGGAGGCGUCUGGAACGACAGAUGAGACUGGGAAGACUGGGAAAACUGGGAAGAAUGCAGAAGACGGGGCAGAGGGAGGGGGACAGCAGGAAGAAGAGCAGGUGGUGGUGGAAGGAGAUGGUGCUGCUGUUGCCUCAUCGGGUGCGUUCGGUUCCUUUGGUUCCUCCGGUCUCCACGAUCCACCCACAGAAGGCGGGAGUCAAGUAGCAGAAGCAUCCCGAGAGGGAGUACAAGCAGCAGUACAAGCAGCAGUGCAAGUGGCAGUGGAUGUCCUAAGGCGGCUCAGGCACCCACACCUGUUGCUGCUGAUGGGUCACUGCCCUGAGUACCCUUGCCUGGUCUAUGAGCUCGCUCCUGGGGGCAGCCUCUCUGCCCGCCUCUCCCGCAUCCACUCCCUCAUUUCCGCUGCCACCGCUGCUGCCGCUGGUGAUGGUGGCGGUGCUGCUGGUUCUGCUGCUGCUACUGCAGCAGAGGAGGGUGCUGGUAGCAGCAGCAGCAGCGGUGCAGGGGAUGGUGCCGCUGCUUCUCCUAGCGGAAAACAGGGCAUGAAUUUCGGGGAUGAGGAGGAGGAGGAGCUAGAGGCGCUGUGGCUCUCCUGGGUGGACCGGCUGCGACUGGCCUCGGAGCUGGCAGGCGCGCUGCUCUUCAUGCACCAGCACUCACCGCCCAUGCUGCACGGCGCCGUGACUCUACAGAACGUGCUUCUGGACCGCAACUCCGCGUGUAAACUCAGCGGCGCUGGGCUCUCCUUCUCCUCGUCUCCCUUCCAUGGUAGCCUGGGGAACAGCCCUCUCUCCGCUUCUGCCUCUGCCUCAGAUUCUAACCCCAGCAGCAGCACAGCAGCAGGAGCGGAGGGCUCUUGCCAGCAUGGCAACAGCAGCACGGGCGUACUAAGUGACGAUGUGCAUGCGUACGGCAUUGUGGUGUUACAGCUGGUAACCGGCAUCACCAGCCCGUCGCUCAUCCACUCCCUCAUGCACACACACCCAGCAGGAGGAGGGGAAACUGAGGGAGGGGUGUCUGGGGGAGGUGUUACCUGCGGAUUCAACCUGGCUGAAGCUGUAGACGUGUUUUUGAGCCGACUGGAUGUGACGGCGGGGGAAUGGCCGGUGGAAAUGGCGUCUGUAGUGGUGCUGCUGGCACUGCGCUGUGCUUCGGGACAGGCGGAGCUUCGGCCGGACCUGGCAGCUGAGGUGCAGCCAGCCCUGUCGGCUUUGGCUCGGGAAGCGGAGGAGAAUUUUGGGCGGGCGGCCCGGCAGAUGCUGCGGUCAGCCCUGAGAAAGCGGGACUUCACGUGCUUUCAAAAGAGGGUGGUAAAGAUUGAAAAUGAGGCGUCUCCUGCUGCUGUUCAUGAUACAACAAAGCAUCAUAGAGGGAUCCUGAACCUCGAUGGUUGUUAUCACCAGGCUGAUUCAUGUCUACUACUCUACCGUUCGGUUCUGAAGCUUUCGAUGGCUUCCUCGAAAGUGAGUCCACUCCACCUCCUCCUGAUUGCUCGUAUUUUCGGCCUCGAUUCGGCUUUUCAUCAGACGCCCGGAUCCCCAAGGCCAGGGGAAGGCGGCUCGAGAGUGUGGCAGCACCUUCUCGGAUCCUUCGUCUUCCAAUGGGCCUCAUGGCUAGGCCAGCUUAUGGCGGGUGCGCGCACCAAAGUUCUUGCUCUGGGCGGCUCUUUUGCCUCCACGCUGCUGCUCCCCCCGCACACGCGCGCACCCUCCCGCGGAGGCCCCCCGCAGUUGCGCGGGGGAGUCCCCGCCCUCCCCCCCAUCACCCUCUCCGAACCCCAGGAGUGGUGUCUGAAGCAGCUACAAGCGAGGAUACAGCCGCCCUUUGAAAACGACAAGGAGGAGCACAGAUUGGCGCUGGUAGAGCUGUGGGAGCAGGCGUAUCCGGGGCGGGUGUUGACUGAGGAGGGGCGGGGGAUUUUUUCGCUGGAGAAUCUGGUGUACUAUGCUCGCACGUACCCGAGGUCGUUUCAACGUAUAAUGCAGAAGCAGGAGGGUCGCAGGGCAGAGUGGGAGUACCCCUUUGGAGCAGCUGGCGUGAACAUCACCGUACUCCUCAUAAGCAUCCUCGACUUGCGCAAAGACAUCCCCGCAACAGUAGCCGGACGGGCCUUCCUCAAGAUUCUACCAGAGCACCCAACAGCGUUUGAGGAUCUCUACUGUGUGACGUUUGAGAUGCUGGACGCUAACUGGCUGGAGCUCAAGGCAUCAUACAUGGAGUUCAACGUGGUCAUGCAAGCCACAAGAGCAGAGCUGGAGCGUCAUAUGUGCCAGCCCAGCUUCACUGCCAUCUCCGAUCUACCCGCUUUCGCCAGACUCACAGCAGAGUAG